GCACUGCCAGCAGCAGCACUAGUCUGCCUUGCGUAACUUACUUACAGCUCGGCUCAACUUACUCCAGGAAAAGGGAGCAACAGAGAACUGAGCGCACAGUACCUUCCCCAUUCUGCUGCCCCACAGCCAAGGCUCGGGAUCCCCGCACUUUCCUUGCCCCACGGACAGAGUGAAACAGCAGCAGCACAUUAACCCUUUGUUUUCUCCCCCCUCUUCCCUGUCUAUUCCUGGGAUGAUCUCGGCCAUCUCCAGCCCCUGGCUCACCCAGCUCUCCCAUUUUUGCGAUGUUGCAGCUUUCACGGCCAACAGCCUGAGCAGCCUGAACGCUACGGGGGGCUACCACCUCUCCCCUUCCCCGGGGGACCCGUACAGCCAGCACGAACCCCACUACGAACCCUGCUCCGCCAGCCAACACUCGUACAGCUUCGGCCAUGCCUGCCCAGAGCCUGAGAGCGGAGCCUCGUCCUCCAGUUGCGCCUCCUCCACCCCGGGGAGCGGCAGUACAGGCAGCAGCAGCAGCAACAAGGCCCCAGUGAAGAAGAACCCCAAGGUGGCCAACAUCAACGUGCAGCUGGAAAUGAAAGCUCUGUGGGACGAGUUCAACCAGCUGGGCACUGAAAUGAUAGUCACCAAGGCUGGCAGGCGAAUGUUCCCCACCUUCCAGGUUAAGAUUUUUGGAAUGGAUCCCAUGGCUGAUUACAUGUUAUUAAUGGACUUUGUACCAGUGGACGAUAAACGGUAUCGGUACGCGUUCCACAGCUCCUCCUGGCUAGUGGCAGGCAAAGCAGACCCGGCCACGCCCGGUAGGGUUCACUAUCACCCGGAUUCUCCAGCCAAAGGGGCUCAGUGGAUGAAGCAGAUCGUGUCUUUUGACAAACUGAAACUGACCAAUAACUUAUUGGACGACAACGGCCACAUCAUCCUGAACUCCAUGCACAGGUACCAGCCCCGCUUCCAUGUGGUGUAUGUGGAUCCGAGGAAGGACAGUGAGAAGUAUGCAGAGGAGAACUUUAAAACGUUCGUGUUCGAGGAGACACGCUUUACCGCAGUGACGGCCUAUCAGAACCACAGGAUUACACAACUGAAAAUUGCUAGCAAUCCAUUUGCUAAGGGAUUCAGAGACUGCGACCCAGAAGACUGGCCUAGAAAUCAUAGACCUGGAUCCCUCCCUCUUAUGAAUGCUUUUGCAAGGUCUCGAAAUCCUGUCUCCUCCCCCACACAGAAUGGAAGUGACAAAGAUGGAGAUGGCCGAAGAGAAUAUGAAAGAGAUGCUAGUGGUACACCUCUGCAUGGGGAUGCAGCACAUCAACAGCUUAUGUCGCGAGUCCUCAGCCCUUCCCUGCCUGUUCCUGGUGGACUUGUACCUCUCAGUACUGGCAGACCCAGCCCCCCACAUGAACUGCGCCUAGACCCCCACUCUCAAGGCUCCGAACCACUGCACCACCAUCCUUACAAGUACCCAACCAGCUACGAUCAUUACCUAGGAGCAAAAACCCGACCAGCCCCCUACCCUUUGCCAACUAUCAGAGGACAUGGCUAUCAUCAUCACCAUAUGAACCCAGCAGCAGCAAAUAUGUACUCGGGAGCUGGUGCACCAGGCAGUUAUGAAUAUGGGCCAAGAUAACAUCUGAAGCAGGAGGCUAUACUUAUUGAAUGACUAUUUAAUACAUAUGUAAGACAAUGGAUGUUUCAUGCAUGGUUUUAAUUAUUCAGUAGUGUAUGCUUUGGAUAUUACAUUACUGUUAAAAUGAAAGCUGACCUCUCCCUAAAGUCACAUGGGCAGCCCUGCAGCUUUAUCAGUAAUUUGUGAAAAUCUUUAUGCAAACAAGCUGGAUCAUCUAACAAAUCCUGCUCGAG